GUUCGAUGCGACCGCAACUCGCCGGCAUGUCACAACUGCACUCGCCUGGGAGUAAAUUGUCCGGGAUAUAGUGACACAGCAGCACUUUUAUCGCAGAAGGAUGGGUCGCGGCAGCGGCUCCAGGAUUCAGUGGAUUUCAUCUACCGGGCAUCAGGGGUAGAGAAGCGGAGAGUUGGAUCUUGUGAUGAAUGUCGUCGGACAAAGAGCCGUUGCUCUCGCACACGGCCUGUUUGCAAACGAUGCACGAGGAAGGGGUUUACGUGUAAAUACAACGCCAAAUACGACGCUUCUGCUUCUGCCGGUAUCGAUGCCACUGCUACUAGUCCGUCGCCGCAGCCAUCAACGGCGGCAGAAACCGGCAUGAUCUAUUCAGAUACUCUGCCACAAGACAAGUUCCACUUGCAGGCUCUGGCCGACCUGUACUUUGAUCGGAUAUCCACGCUUCGCUGCUUGGGAUUUAUCCAUAAACCAACCUUUUUCCAGGCACUGGACAGAGGCACGCUCAGCGAGGACUUUGGAGAAGCGGUAGUCUAUAUAGUUGCUGCGCUUGGAGCGAGAAUGUAUCUGCUAGACGAUCCCAAUCAGUUCAAUAAUCCAUUUCUCGGCGUUCCUGGGGCCGCGUGGGCUGAACGGGCUAGAGACCUUACUAUGCGAGAGAUAGCAAACCCGUCUCUUUCAACGAUGAUGUACUCCAUUUUCAUGGAUCAACAUGCUCUCGCAUUUGUCAUCUUUGGAUGCUGCGUCCGCAUCAUGAGAUUACUCAGCCUAGACUCUCCGAAAAAGGCCGCUGUUCCAUCGGGCCUUGCGCGUAUGACGCAGCUGGAAACAGAGAGAAGGCUUCUGUGGUCUUGCUAUCUCAUGGAUAGCUUCCUUGGUGGCGGAGUAGAUGGGAACCUGUACUGGAAAGACGACUUCCCAUGCGUGCCACUGCCUUGCUCUGAUGCGAGCUUCGUCGCCCAGGAGCAAUAUGCCGACUUUGAGGCUCCAAAGCUGAGUGCAUUCGAGCUUUACCCGGACCGUAGCUACCUAAACCUUCGUUCUCAUACGAUAUAUCUUGUACAGCUGAGAACGCGGGUACUGAGACUCAUCAGAAAUAGUAAUCAGCAAGUCAACAUUUGGGAUCCUGGAUCCCCGUUUCUCGACAUCAUUCAGCGAUUAGAAAUUUGGCAUGCUGGCUUACCUGAGCGACUGGUGAUAUCCGACUUCAACGUAUACAUCCACAAAGAACUCAACACCAUUAGCGCUGUUUUCAUGCUGCAUUUUCUUUACCACUCCAUUGUCUGCGAUCUAACACGAGUCUCGCUUCCGGGAUAUGUCUUUCCGCUGUCAGCCGCGUUCCAUUCCUGCCCUCAAGAGUUUCGACGACAAUGCCAAGAGCGAUGUCGAUUUCAUGCAGACGAGAUAUCACGACUAGUUCACGCUGGGUUUGGCUAUGGCAUCCGCGCUUUCGAUGAUUUGCACAGCUUAAUGGCCACAUUCGAGUCAACCAAGAUCCAAAUCAUUCACACAGCGACGGCUACGUCGAAUUCUAUUGACAUACGAGAGCGCACGAGCCACAACAUCCGUUUGAAUAUGCGAGCGUUGGAUAUUCUUCAUCUUCAGAAGGAUAAAUCGAACCCUUAUCACAAAGCCUUAAUACCAUUACUAGAGAAAUUCGACUUUAAUAACGUCGUGGCCGAAUGGCAAGCUUAUCCAAGCCCAAUGUUCGUUCUUCAAUCUGAAGUCACAGGACCAGAAGAUGCCGCGUAUCUGAGCAGCUUGGCUCCAUUCCGACUCGCAAAAGAAGAGAUUCGCGCCCAGAUACGACAACGAAGAGGGUCUUCCCCCGCAGGAAACGACUUGCCCGACUCUCCAGCCAUGGUCCGCCCACCGCCCAUCAUCUCCUUACCCCAAAAAGACGCCCUUGACGGCAUUAGCGGUGCCGAUGGAAACGCCGGUCUACUAGGAAGCGCAAAUUUCUCUCUAGACCACAUGCAGCUAGCAUCUACAACACAUCCUACACCUCCUGGCGCCAGUGGACUGGACGUAGCGGCAGAGAUUCAGGGGGGACUGGCGAAGGAAAUGGUGAAUUUGUCAGACUUGUCAGAAGAAUACAUCCGGAUGGCGGGUGAGAUGGCCAACUAUAUCUCCUGGGACAUGUCGGAGCCACAGCCAUGGUUGGAUUUCGACAUGAGCUCGAAUAGUAUAUGACAGCAGUGCCCAUUGGACUUGAAAGAUGAAAGAAAACGGCAAGUUGUUGGCCUCGAUUAAGCAUACGUGUAAGCAUAUAAGCUGGAAGAGCGAAACCACAACUAGCAUCUAUACGACUACUAUUAUCUCCAAAAGAGAGAGUAAAA